GCGCAGCCGCCGUGCCGCCGCCGCCGCCGCCGCUGGCCCGCGCUGGCCCGCGCUCCCUGCCGCCCCCCGCUCCGCCGCCGCCGCCGCGCCCCCGCCCGCCGCCACCAUGUACGACGCGGACGAAGAUAUGCAAUAUGAUGAAGACGACGAUGAAAUCACGCCCGACCUGUGGCAGGAGGCCUGCUGGAUUGUUAUUAGCUCCUAUUUUGAUGAAAAGGGUUUAGUCAGGCAACAGUUGGAUUCCUUUGAUGAGUUUAUUCAGAUGUCUGUGCAGAGAAUUGUUGAAGAUGCUCCACCAAUUGAUUUACAAGCUGAAGCCCAGCAUGCCUCAGGAGAAGUGGAAGAGCCACCCCGGUAUCUGUUGAAGUUUGAACAAAUCUAUCUCUCCAAACCUACGCAUUGGGAAAGAGAUGGAGCACCCUCACCUAUGAUGCCAAAUGAAGCCAGACUGAGAAACCUUACGUAUUCUGCCCCCUUGUAUGUGGAUAUAACUAAAACAGUUAUUAAAGAAGGGGAGGACCAAUUGCAGACCCAGCAUCAGAAAACGUUUAUAGGAAAAAUUCCUAUCAUGUUGCGUUCCACGUACUGUUUGCUGAAUGGCUUAACUGACCGUGAUCUUUGUGAGCUGAACGAGUGCCCACUUGAUCCUGGUGGCUACUUCAUCAUUAAUGGCUCAGAAAAGGUCCUGAUUGCUCAGGAGAAAAUGGCUACAAACACAGUGUAUGUGUUUGCAAAGAAAGAUUCAAAAUAUGCCUACACAGGAGAGUGUAGGUCUUGCCUGGAAAAUUCCUCUCGACCAACAAGUACAAUAUGGGUCAGCAUGCUGGCCAGAGGUGGACAGGGUGCAAAGAAGAGUGCCAUCGGUCAGCGCAUUGUAGCAACUCUGCCAUAUAUCAAACAAGAGGUGCCCAUCAUCAUUGUCUUCCGUGCACUCGGCUUUGUGUCUGACAGGGACAUUCUAGAGCACAUCAUAUAUGAUUUUGAAGACCCAGAAAUGAUGGAAAUGGUCAAACCUUCUCUGGAUGAAGCAUUUGUCAUUCAGGAACAAAAUGUUGCCUUAAACUUCAUUGGCUCAAGAGGUGCCAAGCCAGGUGUCACCAAAGAAAAGAGAAUCAAGUAUGCCAAAGAAGUCUUGCAGAAAGAAAUGCUCCCACAUGUUGGUGUCAGUGACUUCUGUGAAACCAAAAAGGCCUAUUUUCUAGGGUAUAUGGUUCAUAGACUGUUGCUGGCAGCACUGGGAAGGAGAGAGCUGGAUGACAGAGAUCAUUAUGGCAACAAAAGACUGGAUCUUGCUGGGCCACUCUUGGCUUUCCUGUUCAGAGGAAUGUUCAAGAAUUUGCUGAAGGAAGUGAGAAUAUAUGCCCAGAAGUUCAUUGACAGAGGGAAAGAUUUCAACCUGGAGUUGGCAAUUAAAACAAGGAUUAUUUCAGAUGGUUUGAAAUAUUCAUUGGCAACUGGAAACUGGGGUGACCAGAAGAAAGCUCAUCAGGCCAGAGCAGGAGUAUCUCAGGUGUUGAACCGCCUGACUUUUGCAUCCACGCUUUCCCACCUGAGACGCCUGAAUUCUCCGAUUGGGAGAGAUGGAAAACUGGCCAAGCCCCGGCAGCUGCACAACACCCUGUGGGGAAUGGUUUGCCCUGCUGAGACCCCUGAGGGUCAUGCAGUAGGACUUGUGAAGAACUUAGCCCUGAUGGCUUACAUUUCUGUGGGCUCUCAGCCAUCCCCAAUUCUGGAAUUCUUGGAAGAGUGGAGUAUGGAAAACCUAGAAGAAAUAUCUCCAGCAGCAAUAGCUGAUGCUACCAAGAUAUUUGUUAAUGGCUGCUGGGUAGGAAUACAUAAAGAUCCGGAGCAGCUGAUGAAUACCCUAAGGAAGCUUCGUCGUCAGAUGGACAUCAUUGUGUCAGAGGUCUCAAUGAUUAGAGAUAUUCGUGAGCGAGAAAUCCGCAUCUACACUGAUGCAGGCAGAAUUUGUCGGCCCCUUUUGAUUGUGGAGAAACAGAAGUUGCUGCUGAAGAAAAGGCACAUUGACCAACUGAAGGAACGAGAGUAUAACAAUUACAGUUGGCAGGAUCUUGUGGCCAGUGGUGUAGUAGAGUACAUUGACACUUUGGAAGAAGAGACUGUGAUGCUGGCAAUGACUCCAGAUGACUUGCAAGAGAAAGGUGUGGCAUAUUGUUCAACAUACACACACUGUGAGAUUCACCCAUCCAUGAUCCUGGGAGUGUGUGCAUCUAUUAUCCCUUUCCCUGAUCACAACCAGUCUCCCAGGAACACAUACCAGUCUGCUAUGGGUAAGCAGGCUAUGGGAGUCUACAUCACCAACUUCCAUGUCCGCAUGGAUACGCUGGCACACGUGCUGUAUUAUCCUCAGAAGCCCCUGGUGACAACACGCUCCAUGGAGUACUUGAGGUUCAGAGAGUUACCAGCAGGUAUCAACUCGAUUGUAGCCAUUGCAUCAUACACAGGCUAUAACCAGGAAGACUCUGUCAUUAUGAACCGUUCUGCUGUUGACAGAGGCUUUUUCAGGUCUGUGUUCUAUCGCUCAUACAAAGAGCAGGAGUCUAAGAAAGGGUAUGACCAAGAGGAAGUUUUUGAGAAGCCUACACGUGAAACUUGCCAAGGUAUGAGACACGCAAUCUAUGACAAACUUGAUGAUGAUGGUUUGAUAGCCCCUGGGGUACGUGUGUCUGGGGAUGAUGUCAUCAUUGGCAAAACAGUCACACUGCCAGAAAAUGAAGAUGAGCUGGAAAGCACCAACAGGCGCUUCACCAAGAGAGACUGCAGCACCUUCCUGCGGACCAGUGAGACUGGGAUUGUAGAUCAGGUCAUGGUAACCCUGAACCAGGAAGGAUACAAAUUCUGCAAGAUUAGGGUACGUUCUGUAAGAAUUCCACAAAUUGGAGAUAAAUUCGCUAGCAGACACGGUCAGAAAGGAACCUGUGGGAUCCAGUACAGGCAAGAGGAUAUGCCCUUCACUUGUGAAGGCAUCACACCUGAUAUCAUUAUCAACCCCCAUGCCAUCCCUUCCCGCAUGACCAUUGGUCACUUGAUUGAGUGUCUUCAGGGCAAGGUGUCUGCAAACAAGGGAGAAAUUGGUGAUGCUACACCUUUUAAUGAUGCUGUCAACGUGCAGAAGAUUUCCAACCUUUUAUCAGAUUAUGGCUAUCAUCUCAGAGGAAACGAGGUCCUCUACAAUGGCUUCACUGGUCGCAAAAUCACAUCCCAGAUCUUCAUUGGUCCUACCUAUUACCAGCGCUUGAAGCACAUGGUGGAUGACAAAAUCCAUUCUCGUGCACGAGGGCCGAUCCAGAUCCUCAACAGACAGCCCAUGGAAGGCAGAUCUCGUGAUGGUGGCCUUCGCUUUGGAGAAAUGGAACGAGAUUGCCAGAUUGCUCAUGGAGCAGCCCAAUUCUUGAGAGAAAGAUUGUUUGAAGCUUCAGACCCAUACCAGGUCCAUGUGUGUAACCUCUGUGGAAUCAUGGCAAUUGCAAACACGAGGACUCACACCUACGAAUGCCGCGGAUGCCGCAAUAAAACUCAGGUGCGUGUGGUUUUCAUCAGCCAUUGUUUCUCCUUGUGGACAGGAGGAAAUGCCACUCGAGUGAAGCAGGAGGAUAGGGAAGUAAAUAUUUAAAGAAGCACCAGAACAAUUGCUAUUUUAGUUUCAUAACUGUUUUAAGUGUUUAUAGCAUUGUAGUCAAUUUGGAUGCUUCCUUAUUAAUUUUACAGUGUUGGCUUGUCACUUGGCAGGAAAUGCUGCUCAAGUGUUGUACAGUGCAGAGUUUUCAGCGACUUUAAAUGCUUGAGAGCUUGUUUUUAGAAGUAAAACUCAGAAUCACAGGAAUUUAGAGGCAUCGCCCUUGUGACUAUCCCAUGAAGAUAUUUAUGCUUGCAGAGCUGGGUCCCUACGGGAGGUCUUUUGUGCUGCACUUUGGUGGGGCUUUUUUAAUUUAAUAAAAGCUCUGCAGUGCACGCUUGGUUACAGAAGUAUGUCAAGGGACAGCGGUAGCAGGGAUAAAAAUAGGAGCCAUGAACAGGCUUCUUUUUGUGCCAAGGACUGACUGCUGCAACUCUGAACAAUGGCACUGGGGUUACAGAGUGAUGUGUGCUGGAAACCUGACCUGCAUUUAUGCACCUCAGGCACACUCUGCUAUGCACAUGUUCUGUUAAAUGGUUCUUGUUUAGGAUCAGAUCCCUUGGCUGCAUUUUUAUGUUAAAAAUGUGUUCUGGAGAGCUGCUGUGUAGCCCCUACAGACAGGCUCAGCUUCCUUCUUGCUUUGGUACUGUCUGUGAGCAAUUCUCGUUAAAUGCUUUCAUGCAUAACUUCAGAUUUGCUUUUACGCCAAAAACUCAACAAAGUUAUUUGUGUAGAGGAUGUGGAAGUUGAUGCUUUAUGAGUGUUUAUCACAAGACUUUUGCAAUCUCUUUCCAGAUAUCUUUGGUUCGAAUGCCCUACGCCUGCAAACUCCUCUUCCAGGAACUGAUGUCCAUGAGUAUUGCACCUCGUAUGAUGAGUGUUUAGCCUUAAAAGGGCUUUUUUUUUUUUUAAUUAUGAGACUCAAGUGCUCAGGUUUUGUUUCAUUUUGUACACGUUGCAUUCAAAAUUACAGUUUUACUCAUCUGCUGUGUGCUGUUCAAAAGUAUGUUUAUUUCCUGUAAAUAGAAUUAAAAUUUGUAAUCGA